AUUCAAUGAAUUCUGCAAAGUCACCCAGUGAAGCUGAUGAAGAAAAUCAGGCCAAAGCACUUAAAGGCAGAAAUUACGUCCUAAAAGAACUUAUUGAAACAGAGAAGAUUUAUGUGAGAGACUUGGGAACCGUAGUAGAGGGUUACAUGAAAAAGAUUGAAGAAAAAGGAGUUCCAGAUGAAAUGAAAGGCAAAGAUAAGAUAAUUUUUGGAAAUAUUCAUCAGAUUUACGACUGGCACAGGAGUUACUUCUUGGCGGAAUUGGAACAAUGUCUGCAGCAACCAGAAUACUUGGCAAAGAUCUUCAUCAAGCAUGAAAGGCGCUUAGGCAUGUAUGUGGUGUACUGCCAAAACAAGCCGAAAUCUGAGUACAUUUUGGUUGAAAAUGAUGCCUACUUUGAGGACAUAAAACUGGAUUUGAAUGAGAAAUUUAGUCUGAGUGACUAUCUCAUCAAACCUGUACAGAGAAUAACUAAGUACCAGCUUUUGCUCAAGGACUUCUACAAAUACAGUGAGAAAGCUGGGUUCGACUGUUCUGAAAUUGCGAAAGCUGUUAAUGUGAUGUUCCUGGUGCCAAAACGCUGCAAUGAUAUGAUGAAUUUGGGAAGACUUAGUGGGUUUAAUGGCAAACUCACAGCACAAGGCCAAUUGCUACGACAAGAUACAUUUCUUGUGUCAGAACAGGAUUCUGGAGUUCUGCCCCGAAGUAAGGAACGGCGAGUCUUUCUCUUUGAGCAGAUUUUAAUCUUCAGUGAACUUCUGGACAAGGAUUCCUCCACGCCGAGAUAUCAGUUUAAGAAGAGCAUUAAGAUGAAUAACCUGAACAUUGACAACAAUGUGAACAAUGAAUUCUGUAAAUUUGCUCUGACAUCCACUGGAACCUCUGAGCGGUUGAUCUUACAGGCACCAAACAAAGAAAUCUAUGAAGCGUGGGUUUGUGAUAUCAACAAAGCACUUGACCUUCAAAAGAACUUGCUGACUGCACUGCAAUCACCAAUCGAGUACCAGAGAAAAGAGUUUCCAGAUGCUUUCAACAAACCAAAGUGAGAAGAUUAUUCCAAUCCAGCCUUGCACCAGAGACCUCUAAAAAUUGUGAGAGGUGAUAAUGUAAUGAAUAUUAUGAGCACAGUCGGGCAUUUGAAAUAUAACUGUUGUCCCCUGCCACUACUACCUUGUAAGAUGGUUCAGUUAACAGCAAUUAGCCAUUGGACAGGCUGUACUUUUACUGAGUUUAAAAUAAAUAAGAUGCAUCACAAUUAAAUCAUUACAUAUUUAAUAGUAUCAGUACCUGUUUGUAUCAUUGGUACUUCUCAGAUUUCACCAAAGUUAAAUAACUUAUCAGGUAAAUACAUCUAGUGUAUUGAUUACAUUUACAGAUAAGGCCAAUUUGACUUGUUCUGUGGAAGUCAUUAUCUGCAUUUUUCAAUUUGAUAAACACAAGAUUCAGCAGAUGCUAGAAAUCCAGAACAACACACAAAAAAUGCUGGAGGAACUCAGCAGAUCAGGUUGCAUCUAUGGAAAUGAAUAAUUGAUCGGCAUUUCAGGUUAAGAUCCUUCUUCAGGACAGGAAAGGAAGAGGUAAUGUGUUUAGAAUAAGGAGGUGGGGGUUGGGGAAGGAGGGCAAGCUGGAAGUGUUUGGUGAAGACAAGUUUGUUGGGGGGGGUUAAACUAAGAAGCUGGGAGGUGAUAGGUGGGAAAAGCAGAAGUCUGGAGAAGAAGGAAACUGAUAGGAGAGGAGAGGAGACCAUGAGUUCACCCACCUGACUUCACCUAUCACCUUCUAGCUUGUCCUCAUCAUCCUCCCCCACUUUCCUUUAUUGGCAUCUUUCUAAUCCUGAAGAAGGGUCUCUGCCAAAAACUUGACUGUUUAUUCAUUUCCACAGAUAUUUCCUGACCCGCUAAGUUCCUCUUUUUUCUAAUCUCUCAACAGUGCAUUCUUAAUUUUUCCCAUAAUUUUGUCGACGAACAAAAUUAGUUCGCUAGUUUUUUGAGUUAAAUUACAUCUAAUUGCAUUUUUAAUUUGUAAAGUUAAAUUUAGCUGAUAUGAGGAAGUGGUUACGUAUAAGGUGCAGCGACAAAGUGCAAAGUACACAUCCUUGACUCAGCUAUCUUUUCUGUGCAUGCACUCUUAAAUAGCAAAAUAAUUCAGAAUACCUGUAACAAAUCUAUCAGUUCUUACCACUGAGACACUAUUAAAGAAUUCCUUACGUUGUUUGAUCUGGCAUUUAUUUAAAACCACUAUCUUUACAAUUAUACCAACUCUAUAAAGAUUCACCAGUUCAUAUAAAAGUAGCAAAAUUAUACCGUGUUACUGAAGCAACUUUAUCAAGUAUCAUAUGUAUAAAUUACUUGAAAUUUGUUGAAUUUUGUGCAAAUAAAAAUUACUUUGCUGUACACUAUAUGCCAUCUACAUUAAAAUCAAAUUAGAUGAUAAAGCAUAAAAUAAAAUUGUGAAUAAUGAAGUAAUAUUUUAACAAAUAAAGAUUUAGAAAAAUUUUGCCACGUUUAUUAAGGGAUUGGACAUGCUAGAGGCAGCAAUUGUUCCCAAUGUUGGGGAGUCCAGAACCAGACGCCACAGUUUAAGAAUAAGGGGUAGUCCAUUUAAAACGAGGUUCAGGAAAAACUUUUUCACCCAGAGAGUUGUGGAUCUGUGAAAUGCUCUGCCUCAGAAGGCAGUGGAGGUCAAUUCUCUGGAUGCUUUCAAGAAAAAGUUAUUUAGAGCUCUUAAGAAUAGCGGAGUCAAGGAGAAGGCAGGAAUGGGGUACUGAUUGUGGAUGAUCAGCCAUGAUCACAGUGAAUGGCGUGCUGGCUCAAAGAGCCGAAUGGCCUACUCCUGCACCUAUUGUCUAUUGUCUAUUUGUUGUCUAAUGAUGACAAUCUCAAAUAAAAAUAAAAUAUGUGGUUAACCUGCCAAAAUAAUUCUCAUUAAAUAUGCAGGCAUUUCUUCAAGCAGAUAGCUUCUAUAAUGUCUCAAAGCUGCCCUCUAGUGGAAAGAAUGAGCUUUUGGUUUAAAUGAUAUGAACUUUACAGUUUCAGCUUAAUAAAUUUGGUUACAUUACUGUAAUAUUCAAUUCAAAAAAUUUUCUAUGUUCAAUUUUUGGCACAAAUGCACAGCAAGGUGGUCUUCACAAAGCCACUUCCUUAAUUUUUUUUCCCAUAAAUGGGCCAUCAAAUGACUGUUCAGUCAUAGAUAUCAGAGGUCUGUAAGCUCAACAUAAUACAACUUCUUGUUGGCAAAUCCGCCUAUGAAUAUGACCUGCAGCUACUGACAGAUUACUGUUGCAUUCUUUUGUUCCAUUCACUGAAAUGUUUUCUUAACUAUGUUAUAUGAUCAUUUAGUUUUGUUAACAUUUAUAAUGACCUUUGUCAGGGGAUUGGCUUUCUCCUACAGUGAGAGAGAUAACAAUAUUCAGCACUGAAUCUCCUGCCUGGGAAUGAAUUUGCUUAUGCAAUUGAAUGGCCUUAAUUAUUUUUCCCAAUCAAUUCCAAUGCACAAAUUGAUAAACAGUCCCAUACAAAAGUUUCUCUUUCCUUAGGAUCUAAUGCCAUUGGGUUUGGUCUAUCUGGUUCUGUGGUGAAUUACAUAUACCUGUCUGGACGGCGUCCCCCUGCUGAUUGUUCCUGUGGCUCCUCCCACGGACCCCAGUAUAAAGGUGAUUGGAGACACAGCCCCGGCCUCAGUCUCCAGGAUGUAGUGUGGUGGUCAAUUGCUGCUUGUUCUUUCUUCCAGCCAAUAAAAGCCUAUAUUUCACCUUACGUCUCCGAGAGUCAUUGAUGGUGCAUCAAGUUCUAUAAAAAUAAGAUUGACAAUAUUUGUUUUUUGAUACAUUCAAACCUAUCUUGUUUAUUUUUCUCUCGAAGACAUUUUCAAUAUUUUGGUUUGUGAAUAGUAAGGGCUAUAUUGAUAUAGAAUCCUGAUGAAGGGUGACGGCCUGAUACAUCAGUCUUUUGCUCUUCUCCAUGGGUACUGCCUGGCCUGCUGAGUUCCUCCAGCAUUUUGUCUGUGCUGCUUUGCAUUUCUAGCAUCUGCAGAUUUUAUUGUAUUAGUGAUAGAUUUGUUCAGUUUAAAGGAAAUAAUUGAUUUUCUAUGGCAUUGCAUGCCAAUUUAAGACCAAGCACAACAUUUGUGAUCUUGGAUUUUAAAAUAAUUCACUGUACAGAUGAACUUGGUUAGAGAAGAUCAGAACGAGCUUAUUCCAAUUACAAGUCAGUUGCUCAGUUAUUAAGUUAAACACAACAGAUGCAAUAUCCAGGCAAGCAAAAUAGUAACAGACCAGUUUAGAUCAAAUAGCUAGCAGCAAUGCACCAAAGGAUCUUCAAUGGUUUCUCCUUUAGUCAUGAUUUUCCCACCUUUGUAGUUCCCACUGUUCCAUAAAGAGACAUUAUUUGGCCAAAAAUAUAUAAACAUUAAAUCUAUGGUUCUAUAGAACAAAAUUCUUAUAAUUCAAUGAAAGAAGAAUAGAUGGUAGAGAAAAAUAAAGUAGAUAUUGAGAAGGAUUGUGAAGGGAAAAUAAUUUAGCUUUGUUGAUAGGGGAAAAUAAGUUGAUAUUGCUAUUCUGUAUUUUACAUCCAGGGAAUGGCUAUUUUUCAUUUCCAAAAAGAAAAUGCCCAGUUACAUAAUAUUUACCUUGCUAUGAAGACAUUGAAAAGAAGAAAUGUUACAGAUGCUGUUCAGAACGAUACAGUUUUAUUGUGUCAUAAUAUUGCUCAUUUUGAUAACCUAUUCUUUGUUGGUACUAGACUGGGGUGAAAUUAGUAUCUCUGAUGGGAUGAUGAAUGAGAAGGGAGCAAUAUAACCACUUUGGGGAAAGUGAUAGGUCUCAGGUAACCAUCUCGCACCAGCUCAUUUUGUGUUAUGCAGCUAGGAUCAUUGGCUUGAACUUAAUGUAGUACUGAUUAAUUCCAUGCUAUUAGUAUUGCUACACUAAUUGUCAUGAAUACAUCUGAGAGCUUCCUUUGCUUAAUACAUCAAAAUAGCAUUCAUUUCUAAAGUAAAACACAUGUUUUUGUACAACUAUCAUUUUGUUAAUUGGCAUUUUCAGAUGUUAUAAUUAUAUAUGCACUUCUCAACAUAACUCACUGCUGUUAAUAAAAUAAUAUGUACAAUGUAUAUCUGCACAGGUUUGAAAGCAUUGGGUAAAGUUAGCAACUGUGAGUAAAUUUCUUUAAAAAGAGCAAGAAGUCUUUAUCUGUACGAUACUUUAGGCUUAAAUCUUAUGUCCUGUACCUAUUUUUUUUCUCUUUAUAUAAUAGAAACUGAAAUGCAUUAGAUGAAUAAGAUUACUAUUUUCAGCUUUUGUAUCAAUCAAUAAAUAAAGUUUUGAUUUCUUGUUUUCAGUACAUGCAUGAUUAUUACUUUGGAAUAUUCUGAAAUAUUAUUCAACAGUAAGAUCAUUUUUUUAUCAAACUGAUGAAUGAAAUUAUGCAAAUCCAGAUGGUCAGGAUACAUUCAUGAGAAUGAUUGAACUUAUAAUGGAAUCUUUCCUAUCCUGCUCACUUUAUGGAUGGACAUAGGCUUAUUUCUAGGUUAACUACACUUGAUAUUAUUGGCCAGUUUGUACCUAUCAUAACUAACUUCAUAUGGCACAUUGCAAUGCUAUGGUAACAACUUCAAUGUUUUCAAAUUGUGAGAAUCAACAUUAAAAUUUUGGCUUUUCAUCUAAGAUAAUUGAUCCUAAAACUAGAUCAAGGUGAGAACGUGUUAAUGAGUUUGUGUGAGAGAUCAGAUUAACGAAAAAUUGCUGAGAUUGCUGAGAUUACUCUGAGAGUUGACAUAGACUCAAUUGGUUGAAUGGCCUCCUGUGCUGUUAUGGGAGUAUUAAAUAAUGUUAUAAGGAGAAAUAGAAAGCAACAUUUUCAGAUAUAUACACUCUCAAAUCUUUCCACAAUGUCAUAGUUUUCCAUGAGGCUGUAUCUCAGUCUUCUCUUUUCUUGAGAAUAGAAUCCCAGCAAGUUCAAUCAUUCCUUAUGAGCCCUGCCGAGGGGUUUUGGCCUGAAAUAUCAACAGGACACAUGAUCUUUUAUCACUUCACAAAAGCCUUUGAAUGUAUCAAUCAAGAUAUUGUGAAGCACCCUGCUCAAAUAGGGGCAUUCAGCUUAAAUUGAUCUGCAUCUUUCAUCUGUUUGAUAAUGGCAUGCAAGACAUAAUCUUAUCCAUAACAGAUCCAAUCACACUGUAGACUGACAUUGGGUAAGACUGAGUCAUUACCUCAAUCUUUCUCAUUGUAAUGCUGCACUUUGCCUCCAUGGAGCUCCUCACUGGAGCUAAUUCACAUGACAAAAUAGAAACUUUACAAUCUGUGACAUCUCCAAGAUCAUCUCCAAUUUCAGUCAGCAAGCUGCACCUAACUGUUGCUCCAAAUGGUUGUUAACUCAUUCAAUUACACAUUUUUUUUAAUUUUUAGAGAUAGAGCAUGAACCAGGUCCUUCCAGCCCUUCGAGUUAUGUCGUGCAGCAAUCCCCUGUUGUAAUCUUAGCCUAAUCAUGGGACAAUUUAUAAUGACCAAUUAACUUACCAACCAGUAUAUGUUUGGACCGUGGGAGGAAACUAGAGCACACAGAGGAAAGCCAUGCAGUCACAGCAAGAACGUACCAACUCCUUACAAGCAACAAUGGGAACUGUAAAGUGUUGUGCUAACUACUACACUACUGUGCCACCCCAGACUGUACUUCAUAUUUAACAUACAUAAAGUAUUAAUAAUUUCAAUUGAACAACAUAAUUAUGAUAAAUUUAAAAGGCAAACAUGAGGAAAUCUGCAAAUGCUGGAAAUUCAAGCAACACAAUAAAUUUAUUAAGUUUUAUAAAGUCAUUGUCACUGUAAAAAAAGUCCACAAGGAAAUGCUGGAAAAAUUUGACCAUUUCCCAUAGUUCAAUAGCUGUCAUGUAGGGAGAUAUCAGUGAUUUCAUUGUCACCUUCAUUGUGGCAGAACAGUUGGAAAAUAUUUUGAAGAUCAAGACUUCAAAUCUGGCGCAAAGCUUACUACCUCUGCAAAAUCCUCCAAAUCCACUGGCAGGAUAAGCUAGCUAAUGUCAAGGCCUCACCGAGAUCCUAAUUACAUUCAGUCAACUCCAAAGGGCAGGCCAUUUUCCCAGCACUCCUAAAACAGACACUCUCUUCUGAGCAUUGUCGGAGCAAAAUGUUAUUAGGUGAAUAGAGGAAAAGAUUUCAUCUGUUAAAGGCCUACUUGAAACGAUAUAACUUCCCCCAAGGACUCAUGAAACCCUGAAUCACAAUGAUUCAAUGUGUUAGAAUGGCAUUGAGAACUAUUAAUCCAUGAAUCAAGGGCACACAGACGUUGCAGCAAAAAUUGCAGGGAACAUUACUCACUCACUCACUCUCUGCAUCAAGCAUUUCCACCUGAUACAAAAUAUCAGCCUCAUUAGUCACUUUAGCACCCACGGAGGGGGAGGGGAAGCAAGCCAUUCUUGUCUGCAAGGAAUCCCUUUGUCAAUGAAUUUCUUGGGAUGUUAGCACUUCGCAAAUUCCUUCCAGUUUCUGUCUUACAAUUCUGUUGUAUCAUCAGCACUGAGGGAAUUAAUUACUGUUUUGUUUUACUUAGGAAGUAAUUUGGUUUAUAUGAUAUUAUCAAAUCAUAAUCUAUAGAUUUUGCAUUGAAAAUGUGACUAUCAGGCAUCGAAGAUCACUAUAUGCUUCUGAGACUCAUACUAUUUGCAACAUACAUUUCAAGGGAGCAGAAAAAUACUGCAAAUGGUGUUCCUGCAAAGUCCACCAAAUGAACUGGAAGGUCAAGUCAUCCAACAUCAACGACCUUUUCCAGGAUAACAUUCCAAGUACCUAAGCUGUAGAUAUACUACUUUGGACUGGCUGUGUCAGUUGCAUCCACACCAGAUUCUCAAAACAGAAACACUGUACCUAGUUCUGUCAUAAUCAUCAAAUGGCGAGAGAACAAAGUUCAAGGACGUUCUCAAUGCCUCCUUGAAGAAGUGCAGCAUCCCCACCGAUCACUUGUCUACAGUUCACACAUUUAGCUAUCUCAGAAACCACCCAACUGGAGUGAAAGUUGUUAUGAUUUGUAACUUCAAAAUAUUAAAUUAAUUCAAAGGAAGGUAUGGGACACCAAGAAUGAAGGUCUAAUUUCAAGUAUACUUCGAUGUAUUUUUACAAGUAACCCAUAAUUAAUUAUUUAAUCAGAAUCAGGUUUAAUAUCACUAGCAUAUGUCAUGAAAUUUGUUAACUUUUGUUAAAUGAACAAGAAUGCUCAA